UUACUAUACCCGUGUGCCGACAAAAGAAAAAAGAUAAAUGACAAACUUGUUAUAUUGCAAAAUAUUUAUAAAAUAUGAGGGGGAGACAUGUGAUGUGAUAUAGUGGUGGAGGGUGAAAUUGAGUGGAAUCUCAUCAUUCAGCUUUGUAUCCUUUGCACACAAAAAUGGAACAAAACAUUAUUCAAAGAUGGGAAGCCAAAGUUUCAACCAAACUGAAAAACACCACAAAACAACAAGCAUGGCCACUCAUCAAAGACUUUUUCAAUCUCCACAAACGCUUCCCUAACCUCGCCACAUGUUACGGUAUCCACGGAUCCAACGGUGAGGUGGGAUGCAUACGUUACUGUGCUGGAUUCUCCCUCCCAUCAGACGGAUCACAAGAAGUGAGCUGGUCAAAGGAGAGAUUGGUAGCCGUUGAUGAUGUUGACUUGAGUAUUAAGUAUGAGAUCGUGGAGUGUAAUAUUGGGUUUGAGUAUUAUGAGUCAACUAUGAGGGUUGUUGAUGGUGAUGGUGAUGGUGAUGGGGAUGGUGGUUGUGGGGUUGAAUGGUUCUUUGGUGUUGAUCCUGUUGAAGGGUUGGAGUUUGAGGAUUUGGUGAGUAAGUAUGGUGUUGGGCUUCAAGUUAUGGGUCAGAAAAUGGAGGAAGAGAUUGCAUCUUCACUUCCUAGCAAUGAAAUGUAGCAGAUAUUUGGAGUUCCAACCCUGAUAUUUGCAUAUUGUAAUGUCCCUGUCGGCUGAGCUAUGCUCGUUCAUGGGACUCAUCCAAAUAUAUUUAUUUCCCUAUGUUGUGUGAUUAAUAAGAUCAAUAACUAAAUAAAACAAAAUGUUAAAUAAUCUCAUAUUUUGUUUGUAGUC